GUUCAAUUCAGUUUGCGAGCUGUAGCUCCAAGCAUCCCAGAACCCACUACUUUUCAAUUUCUCACAUCCCGGGCCUAUCAUCUAAUUGAUACCACAGCACAUUCAAUCUUCCGUCAUUAUCUUAGAUAGUGAUGCUCUUGCGAGGAUAUAGUCCAUAAGGUCGAUGCUCAUUUUUUGACUCUCCAACCAGAAGUUCAGAACGAGACGUAGGCGGAGGGCGCGAGAUGUCGACGCACCUUGCAUAUAGGUAUCAAUGCGCUGCCGCUACUAGGGAUAUGUAAGAAAGACACGAAAAGUCUAUCCGGGAUCCAUGAGAAUGCAUUUCCCAUCCAUUUUUAUAUUCCCAUUCCACCCGACGUCCACAGCCUCAUCCUUCUGACUUUGCAGUAUAGUAUUCGGGAUUUACCUAGCGCUCUCCUCCUAAACCACUACAUAUAAUUCUUCAACCUACUAGUCCGUUCUCCCACCAGAAUCAGACAUCAGAGAAGAUACGAAUGGCAACAAGUCCAAGACAGUUAGACCUCCGCCCUGUCACGCGCACUCGCAUCGGUAUAUGGGACCUUUAUGAGGAAUGUGGAAAAGGGUUACCACGCAGAUCGGAUUCAUCGACAUUGGAGACCUUUGUUCGAAUACGCGAUAAUACGCCCUACGUGGUGCGCAUGUUCAAGGAAAUACUCAACAUCAGACGAGUCCGGAUGCUUCUUCCUGCAUUCUUGGUAGUGCAAGUCUUGGACUCCCUUAUACCUGCUGUCUCCCUGUGGUACGAUGGACAAUUGCUCCGACUUGUGGAGACUGCGAUGGAGACACAUACUGUUGACACAGCAGUAGUCAUUCAUGUGGCAGUAGGACGUGUUACAUGUGCAGUCGCAUCGCACCUUCUCCAACACAUCGAAAGCCGCAUCAGGAUCCCCAUAAACAUGUCUAUCAAACAAUUUUACGCUACACACAUAUUCCACUCGAUGGCCCGCCUCGACCUACCCACCUUUACAGACUCGGCUGUUCAGAUGCAGCUUGAUUUUGCGGCGCAUCAUAGGAUGAUGGGCACAAGCCUUGCAUGGGAAGCUGUUCAGGGGUUAACGAGCCUCGCAACGACGGCCACUAGUAUGCUCUCUCAGCUUUUUGUUCUACUUACAGUCUUGCGGAAGCAGCAGGAUGGACACGAUCAUCGGUGCCCGGCAUCUUUGGUAUGGGGGUUUGGGCCCGUAACCACGACCAAUAAAGACUAUAUUCGCAUGCAAGGUCUGAGGAUCCUCAGUAAUGACUCUUCACACCGUAAGGAGCUGGUUGCAGGCAACCUCGGCGAAUAUAUUACUUCACAAUUUUGCGAAUCCGCUCAUCGCCUCGGCAACGAUGCGAGCGAGUUUGGAGAAAUGUAUGAAGCUCAUUCUAUAAAGAAACGCCUGAGCAUCGCAUCGAUUCUCCGUGCAACGAUGCAAGAGCUGCCUGAGAUCGCCUUCAUGCUGAGCGCCGUGCGAAAGCCAAUGACGGUCCCCCUCUCUUUUGCGUCACUCGUGCUAAUUGAACAUGCAUCCAAUUCAUUUAUUUCGACACACCUUUCACGGUACAAAGUGUUCAGUCUUGCUGUAAUAUUUGCCAGCCUACGCAAUCUAUAUGAGUCCAAGAACGUCCAGAACAAAGUGGUCGACGGCAUGGAACGGUUCCCCGAGAGCCAGGAGUCCCUCAGUAGUGGCAUUUCUGUCGAAUUCAGGAAUGUAUCGUUCCAGUACCCUGAUGAAGAGAGGUGUGCUCUCCGGAAUGUUUCAUUCAGGAUCGAGGCUAGUCAGCUUUGUGUAAUUGUCGGAGGGAAACGGCUCUGGAAAAGUACGAUUUUGAAACUCAUAUCCCGCAUCUACGACCCGACAGAGGGCACGAUUCUUGUCAAUAACCGCGACAUCAAGACCCUUAGACUUGCUGACCUCCGUGCUGCUAUGUCCAUCCUCUUCCAGGACUACACGCACUUUCCUCUAUCGAUACGCGAGAACAUUGGACUUGGCAACCCCAGCCUCGCGCAAGAUGAUGACAAGAUCCGCGAAGCCGCCAAGAUGGGCGGCGCACGAGACUUUAUUGAGGAGCUCCCAGAUGGAUUCAACACUUACAUUGAUCGCCCCGUACAAGACCACUACGCGUGCCUCCCUGAAGGGGCCGUGCUGCCCGACGAUUGGCCUGUUGACUACUCUAGUGUGCGUAAUAUAGGGGGUCUCCGUACUUCCACUGUUUCGGGCCUCAGCGGUGGGCAAAACCAGCGGCUUGCGGUCUCACGCACAUUCAUGCGCUCCCUGGUCACCGAUAAAAACUCUUCCGCUGGUAUGCUGUUAUUCGACGAGCCGAGCGCCUCCUUGGAUCCUACAGCUGAAGAUGAUCUCUUCGAGAACCUGCGAAAGUUGAGGGGCAACAAGACCAUGAUAUUCUCCACUCACCGAUUCGGGAAUCUCACCCGACACGCGGAUCUCAUUUUGUACCUUGACGGGUCUAUUCAGGAACAGGGCACACACGACGAACUAAUUAAGAAGGGGGGAUAUUAUGCUACCAAUUGGAAUCUGCAAGCGAAACCUUACAUUUAACGAUCCAGGGCCAGAAAUGCAAACCUUUCAAGGCCCACACGGCGAAUUAUUGAGAGGGGGAUCUACAAGCGAAGGGCUUUCAUUUAACAACCUGAGACCACACACUGUACAAUAAGCCGGGACUAGAGAUAGUGUAGCAGCUGUAUCGUAGCAAUUCGAAGAACAAAAAGCUGCAGGUUUUCA